AUGGCACAAAUUGAACCAUGGCGCGGAGGCGACGGGCGCGACGGUACUACGCAAAUUCGGAAUCAAGCCCUUAAUAUUAUGACAUACUGUGGCAUUUCGGGGCAUCUAACCAACGACCACGCGUCUAGCGAAACGUACCAACUAGCCAUGUAUCUAAUAGACCAGUACCGCGGCGCCUAUAACGCAUCUCUCGUUGCCAUCCUAGCCCUCUGCCGACUGCACAAGACUACCAUCACCGGCCUGCUAAACGGAUUAGCGCUCAUUGCCUUUUCGUCGCGCCUCGACACCACCGUCGCCGCUGCCUUUCAAAGUUCUACCAUCAUGGACCACCGUCGGAAUCUGCCUCCGGCUCCAUCGGACGCUCCGUGGGUUCGGUCCGAUAGAGUAGUAGGAAACUACGUAACGCCGUGUCUCCAUAAAUACGAGACCGAGCUAGUGGCGCGAAUCCGUUCCAGGUUGCCACUGGCUGAUGAUGCUAGCGAGGGAAGAGAUCUGUCCGCCGACCUCCAACGCGAGCUCUGGGCCGUAUCGGCACAGAAUCGGCAGGAGAUAGUGGACAAGCUGGAAGCCGGGCUGCGAAACGACCUCGUCGGGUUGUUCAAGUACGUCACGGACUGGCAGCAGACGAUGAGCAACAUGGCGAAAAAGACGCGUCAAUUCACGUGGCUGGUCACCAACAUCGGUGUGUUGGAAGGCAACACGUCGAUAAGGUUGAGCGACACUACCACCACGACACGGUCCCUGACCGGCGGCGACGGCAAGUCCGACGAUAAUGCUCAGAGGUGGUCGAUCGACCGAGCGCAGUUUGGCCUGAGCGCCGAGAUCCCCGCUGCCGCCAUCGAGUUUGCCCCGGUCAGCGUCGCUGGCAAGGGGAUGUGUGUUAGUGCUAACUGGGCGGACUGUGCUGUCGAUGAGACGUUCGGGGAGAACAUCAUGGCUGAUCUGGAAAGGUGGCUGGCCCAACUUGCGAGGCUAUAG